GUGGGCGGGGCGUAGGGGGCGGACGGGUCCGGUGUGUGGCGGCAACCGGGCUGACUGAGCGAGGAGGGUAGGCUAGUCGACUAGAGCCAGAGCGUAUCUGCGGGGAUUUGUGUCACUUUACGCUCCAUUCGCAACUCCAACUCGGUCGAUAUGUCCGACGACGAGCAAGAGCAGACCAUUGCCGACGACCUGGUGGUCACCAAGUACAAGAUGGGGGGCGACAUUGCCAAUCAGGCACUGCGUCUGGUUGCGGAAGCAGCCAAGCCAGGCAUGUCUGUGCUCAGCCUGUGUGACCAAGGUGAUGCCUACAUCGUGGCUGAAACUGGAAAAGUCUUCAAGAAGGAGAAGGACAUGAAGAAAGGCAUUGCCUUUCCUACCAGCGUCUCGGUUAAUAACUGUGUUUGCCACUUCUCUCCACUGAAGAGUGACCCUGACUACACACUUAAAGAUGGAGAUCUGGUCAAAAUUGACCUUGGCGUUCACGUAGACGGCUUCAUUGCCAACGUUGCUCACAGCUUUGCAGUGGGAGCCACUAAGGACAACCCCGUCACGGGACGCAAAGCUGACGUCAUCAAAGCGGCCCAUCUGUGCGCCGAAGCUGCUCUCCGCCUCGUCAAACCUGGUAACCAGAAUACUCAGGUGACAGAGGCCUGGGGCAAGAUCGCCCAGUCAUUCAAAUGCACACCUAUCGAAGGUAUGUUGUCUCAUCAGUUAAAGCAGCAUGUCAUCGAUGGAGAGAAGACCAUCAUUCAGAACCCAACAGACCAACAAAGGAAGGAUCACGAGAAGGCAGAGUUUGAGGUGCAUGAAGUCUACGCUGUGGACGUCUUGGUCAGCACAGGAGAAGGGAAGGCCCGAGACGGAGGUCUGAGGACCACCAUAUAUAAAAGGGACCCCAGUAAACAGUAUGGCCUGAAGAUGAAGACUUCUCGUACGUUCUUCAGUGAGGUUGAACGCCGGUUUGAUGCCAUGCCCUUCACUCUUAGAGCAUUCGAGGAUGAGGCCAAAGCCCGGCUCGGGGUUGUGGAAUGUGCAAAGCAUGAGUUGCUGCAGCCGUUCAGCGUCCUCCACGAGAAAGAGGGAGAGUUUGUAGCUCAGUUUAAGUUCACAGUGCUGCUGAUGGCCAACGGGCCUCACAGGAUCACCGGCGGGCCCUUUGAGCCGGAGUUCUUCAAGUCAGAGCAUGAAGUCCAGGACGCAGAGCUAAGGACUUUACUACAGAGCUCCGCAAGCAGGAAAACACAGAAGAAAAAGAAAAAGAAGGCCUCAAAGACAGCCGAAAAUGCAGCAGGCCAGCCAAGUGAGGAAACGGAGGCAGCAGAAUAAAUAACUGCCUUCACACCCAAUGCAAGAAGAGCCCAAAGAGAAGCAAGAAAACUACCCUGCUGUCCUCCAGUCAUUCUGAAGAGCUGAUUUUACAAUUUGCCCAAUUUACAAAAGCAAGCACUGGAACUGGAAGUGAAUCUUUCAUAAGAACGUUGUUUCUUGAACUCUUGGAUGCCUAACCCUUUACUGCUUCACAGAAAAGGACAAAAAAAAGAAAUAACUGGGUGUGCUUGUUUUGAAAAGUGAAUCCCCUUCACCGUACUAGUUACAGCUGAAACCCGCCUCUCUAAAACAUCUCAAGCUUACAUUGGGCAUUAAUGAAUGGGACUAACAACUUGUCUUUUUGGUGUCCAAAUUUGAUUAAAGAAUUAUUGGAGCUGUUGCUUUCAGCACAUAUCCAAUUAGAAUAUACUGCGUGUCUGAGGCCAUGUUUUUCCUGAUGAACCAAAUUAAUGAACGGGUUGUUUAAGUCAUGUCAGUCCCAUCAUGCUGUGGGCCAUCUGCUAGUUGUUCGAAGGACAGACAGUAAAGGGUUAUAUUUGGUGCUUGUCACUCAUGAAAAUUGACUAUUAGAGUAGUUCAACAAGUGUGGAAUGCAAAUGAAAGUAUUUACAAGGUUUGUAGUGUCAUAGG